CAAGCCAAGGCUGAACGCUGCCCAGGUAGGAAACCUUGAUGCCAAUGAACGGAGAAAAAAAGGGCAAAUAAACAAAAACAACAACAACAGACGCAAGAAGAUAUAUUCUUUUUCACCCAUGUCUUCUUUUUCAUCUUAAAAAGAUGCGCUUGACAUGGGAUGCUUUCCUGAGCCUCAUCUGUUCUUCAUCUUCACCUGAUGGAAGAGGGAUGGAGAAACGAGCUCGUUCUGUGUGAUUCACCCUCCUGCUUUAGCGAUGAGUAACCUGCUCCAAAACACUUCUCUUUUGAAUUGGGAUGUAUUAGAGGGAAGAAACACGUCGUCUGCCCCGUCCUGGGAGCUGGAGCCGGUGCCCAUAAUCGUCAACCCGUGGGACGUUCUGCUGUGCGUGACGGGCACGCUCAUGUCCUGCGAGAACGCAGUGGUGAUCGCUCUGAUCGCCUACACGCCCUCCUUGAGAGCACCUAUGUUCGUCCUCAUCGGGAGUCUAGCGUUUGCUGACCUCCUGGCCGGCCUGGGCCUGAUCCUCAAUUUCAUGGUAACUUACAUAAUCGAUUCAGGAUUUGUCACGCUACUGUCGGCGGGGCUCCUCAUUACAGCCUUCUCGGCCUCUGUGCUCAGCAUCCUGGCAAUCACCGUGGACCGUUACCUGUCGCUGUACACCGCGUUGACGUACCACACCGAGCGCACGGUGACGUUCACCUACAUCACACUCAUCCUGAUGUGGGUCAUCAGCACCGCGCUCGGCUCGCUCCCCGUCCUGGGCUGGAACUGCUUGGAGGACGAGAGCACCUGUAGCAUCUGUCCACCGGUGAACAAAAACAACGCCGCGGCGCUCGCCGUGUCCUUCCUCCUGAUCUUCGCUCUCAUUCUUCAGCUGUACCUUCAGAUCUGCAAGAUCGCUUUCCGGCACGCUCAGCAAAUCGCCGUUCAGCGUCAGUUUAUGACUACCUCGCAUUCGUCUUCCACCACGAAAGGGGUCUCCACCCUCACCACCAUCCUGGGCACUUUCGCGUUCUGUUGGAUCCCCCUCGCCAUGUACUCGCUGGUGGCAGACACCAGAACCCCUGUGAUCUACACCUACGCUACAGCUCUUCCGGCCAUCUGCCACUCCAUCAUAAACCCCAUGAUAUAUGCGUUCAGGAACCCUGAAAUUCUCCGAUCUUUGAGGAUUGCUUGUUGCUGGUGCAUGCCUUACAGAUUCACCAUGCGACCCAGGACACCGAGCGAUGUGUAGCAUCUUCAGU